UCAAAAAUGUCGAAGUCGGAUUCAGUGCUCAGCAAGAUAUGGGGCAUUCCUUAUUAUUGUCUCCUCCUGCUUUGCCUUCCAGGCGUGCAGUCCGAUAUCAGGCUGGAACAGCCCGAGUCAGAGAUGGUAAAAGCCGGACAGUCCCACAAAUUGACCUGUGCAGUCAGUGGGUUCAGCCUCAGCAGCUAUCACAUGUACUGGGUGAAACAGGUCUCAGGGAAAGGGCCGGAAUGGGUGGCCGCUGUAUGGGCUAACGGUGACAAAAAUUACGCUCCUGGAGUCGAAGGCAGAUUCGAGGUUUCCAAGGACAGCAGCACAGUUUAUCUGCAAAUGAACAACCUGAUACUGGACGACACGGCCACCUAUUACUGUGCGAGAGACACAGUGAGAGAGAUCGGGAGUAGACCGAAACAAAAACCCAGUGAAUUCGCCGACCGGCGUCAGUCCGAUAUCGUGCUGACACGGUCUGUGUCAGCGGUGGCAAAGACUGGACAGACCCACAGAUUGACCUGUGCAGUCAGUGGGUUCGCCUCAGCAGCUAUGACAUGGCCUGUCAUAGUGAAACUGGUCUCCGGGAAAGGGCUAGAAUGGGUGGCCGUUGUGUGGGAUAAAGGUAUCAAGAAGCACGCGCCUGGAGUCCAAGACAGGUUCCAGGUUUACAAGGACAGCAGCACCGUUUAUCUGCAAAUGAACAACCUGAGACUGGAAGACACGGCCACCUAUUACUGUGCGAGAGACACAGUCAAGACACCGACACGAGACCGGGAAUAA